AUGGCGAUCAAGAAAAACCUUAAAAAGUAUAUAGACGAAAUAGGAUUCAACCCAAAUUUCUGCGAUCCUUCCUUACCACUCAAGAACCGUCAGAGUCUGUUAGUUGUAGAACUUAUCCGCUGUUAUGACCUCAAGAUAACUAGUUCUUCUUCCGCACCUGAUGACCACAGAAAGUUUGUGCGUGCUAUUGGUACUUACAUCAAACUUAUGAACUUUUUUGUAAAAGAGGAUGCUAAUCCCAAAGACAGAGCAACGGAUUUCGGUGCAGACAGAUUUCAUUUUGGUCGGCGAUCGCCUGAGCACGAAGUUGAUCAAGAAGAAGUUGAACUGAAGUUGUUAGAGUUCACUCUUGCUCAGAUCAAAAGUCUUGCUACAUCAACUCCAGAAUCGGCUAGCGAUGACGAAGUAAACGAUGAAUUCUCUAUUGCUGAUAAGACUCAGUAUUUGAUUUCCGAAUUGACUCGUCGAUAUCAAACACACUUUCCAUCACCCCUCUCCAACGAAGAUAGGAAGUUGCAACGUAAAUUCUCCCAAGACCUUCUCAAAUUCGUUGCAGACGUUCAGAGAAAGGCACAUGAAGGCGUCAUCAAGCAGAAAGACAUUGAACCUUGCAUUCGUCAAUGGGCAUUGGUAGUUGAGCUUCGUCGCCAGUAUCAUUCUACCUUCACUUCCGUUAAACCUACGGAGGAGGACUUAGCAGCUCAACAUGAAUUUUCACAGGAGCUUUUGACAUUCCAAAAGAUCCUACUGAGAAACGCAAAAGAUGGUAUGAUAAAGCAAGAAGAGGUCGAGCCGCAGUUGCGGUUGUGGGCUAUAGAGGUUGCUCCUAUGCUUGCAAAGAUGGCCCAGGUCGCGAAGUGA